GCAGUGCUGGAAUACUAAUAUAUACGGUAGACCGAGAAAGACUUGGCAGGAGGUUAUAAGGACAGACUUGAUACAGAGGAAGUUGAGUUUAGAUCUAACACAGUCUAGAUCAGAUUGGAAGAGGGUCAUUAAUAUACCCCGUCCAACCCAUGCCAGCAUGGAAAACGGACGUUAAGCCGAGAAUGAUGAUGAUGAUGAUGAUGUUAAAGCCCCUGGGUUUCUUGUUUAUAUUAUAGUUAAAGUAAAUGGAAGAAUCCUGCUCACCUGGUCCAGAGAGUAACGAAUGGAACACAAAUAAUUCUGAUUAUGAUCUCCAAUCAACAUCCCAAGUGCACUUGUUUAGCAACAAUGGAACAAUAUCUUCAGAGCAAGUUUACUCAUCAGAUUUUUACCCACAAUCAUCUCAUACAACAGAAUGGCUUCCAGUGCCAGAAGCAUUGUUUACGUUUACAAACAAUGCAGAACAAUAUUAUAUGUCUGGUAGUGAUAUUGAUGAAUGGAGUGUAGAGAAAGAACAGACUGAGCUUCAACAAAAUUAUUCACAUAACAGAAGUUACAUAACAAAUGCUUCCUAUGAAAGGGGAUUAAAUUUGCCAAUUCGGAUGCAACAUCCUUCGCAGCACAGGUGUGAUGAGAAUUUAAUGGGAUAUAACCAGCUAUCACCAGCAAUGCAAAAUUCAAAUUAUUAUUCACAAGAAAAUCAGCAGGCAACAACUCAAAUCAAUCACAAUUCUGAAUUUCAAAUGCCAUCAUCCCAGCAAUCAGACUUGAAUGCAGUAGAUAAUACUAGACUUUAUUGUAGUAAAAACAAGUUUUUAGAAAACUCACAACAUGACAGUUUAUCAUCUGAAAGUGAAAGUUUAGUUAACCAACUUCAUCACAAAGUACCUAAGCAGCCAGGCACAUAUACCACUCCACACAAAUUUGCACUAGAUAAAAAUUCAAGGAAGAGAAAUUUCACCAGAAGGGAUAAAAAUAACAUUUUGGGUUCCCAGUCAGGAACCUCCUCUUUAUCAUCUUUUGAAGAACAGACAAGUAUGCCUUCAUCUCAGCAUGUUCAACAAGAAGAGAAAAAUACUCCUAAUACAAAUGAAUCUAAAAGGAAAAUUCAUCGACCUAUGGAGAAAGAGAAAAAAUACAAUAAUACAAUGACGGCUUUAGAAAGGGCUGGCAUAUUGGAUAUAACAUUGCAAACGGCACAAUUGAUUAAAAAGAACGAUACGCUACAGAAAGAUAUUGACAUGCUUGAAGAAAUUGUUCGGGUGACAAAACAUCUGAUAAGUGAAAAUUAAAUAUACCCUAAUUAUAUAAUUUAUAUAGUUUAUGUAGAUUAUGUAUUAAAUUAUGUAUUAAAUUCUUGAGAACGUUCUAGUUCACAAAGAAUCUGAAGGAUAAUCUAAUUAAAAGCUCAGUUUCCAAUAAAGUCUGUAUUGUUGUGCAUCAUUGAAAAAUAUAGAAAAACUUCUGUCUCUACAACAUUUGUUUUGCAACAUCUCUUGUGUCGUUUUGUUGUAAAAAAUGUGUUUCCAAUAAACUUGUGACAGCAACAGUUGAAUAGUUGCUUAAGAAUUUUUGUGUUAAUGAAAACCGACCUUUAACACUAUAUCAGCAACAGACCCAGGUUUUUUUUAGAGGUAGUAUAUUUCUUUCAUGUCACAAAUUUUAGCAAAAAGAAAUUUUUCUGGAUCACACCAUUUGCGAAAUUUAUUGAAUUUGCAAGAAUUUAUUGUCACGAUUUAUUAGACUGUAUGUACAAUAUGGAUCACCGAGUACAUGCGACUUAUUAGACUUCAUUUCUCAAAAGCCAAACGCAAAUAGUAACAUAAAACACUAUGAAAUAAAAUAUUUCAUUCUUAACAAAGCUUUUCGUUACAUAGUAACAUCUUGAGGUAUCUUCAGGUAUAUCUGAAGAUGUUGCUAUGUAACGAAAAGCAUUCUUAUUAUUCGCUUACUUAGUAUUAGAGUGUAUGUACACCAUAAAUGACUAAGUACAUUCGACUUAAACUGUCUAGGCUACAUUUAGCACAAAAAUGCGAGGAUUUGUUAUACAGAUUUACAAACAACAUCUGUAUUACAAUUUCUUCAAGAUCUAGGUUUCAUAUAAACAGGAUUCAAAGACAAAAGGUCUGGUUUAUAGUAUAUAAAUAACAGAUAUAAUUUUUUGAAUUUUAUUUUUAUUGUUUAAAAAUAUAUAUCAGAGUAUAUGUAUCUUUUAUGAAUUUACAACCAUUUUAGGAUAAAAUCCUUGUAGAAUAAAACUAUAUUAUAAUUAUAAGUUUCAAUAUUUUAUAAAGAAGGACUUAUUUUUUAAUAUUUUUUGUGCAUUGCUUUAUUUCUUGUAUAUAGCCAUUUUUGUUUAAUCUUUAUUCAAUGUAUUUAUUUUUAUAUCUCUCUUAUCUGUAUUAUCUUGUGAAUUAUUGCGUCUUUUCAAAUAGUUCUU